GGGGCGCAAAGGCUCCUCGCAGACGUGUAACGGACGGUGGGCUGCAGCCAUGGCCGAGAGAAAGUCUAACGGCGGCGGCAGCGCCUCUGCCCCCUCGGCGGGCACGAACUUACUCUUCUCGUCGGCCUCGGAGUUCAGCUUCAGCGUCCCCUUCAUCCCGGUCACGCAAGCCGCCGCCUCCGCCUCGUCCUCCCUGCUCCUCUCUGGAGAUGACUCUACAGAGGUGGGUGAGGAGGACAGUUUUCUGGGCCAGACAGCAGCCCCCACCGUGGCCCCACAGACCUUCAGCUACUUCUCUCAGGUACCAAGCAGCAGUGAUCCUUUUGGGAGCAUCGGUCAGACCCCGCUCAGCACCACUGCUGCCUUCUCCCGGCCGCCGGCUGCCUUCUCCGCAGGUGCCCAGGACUCCGCCGCUGCCACUGCCACCAAUACAUUCGCUACGGCUGGCUCGAAAACCCCAUUGAGCUCCUCGUCCCCUGCCCCGGUGGCCUCGCCAGCCACGAAUGCCUACCUGCCUCCGCAGCCUAGUGGCCUCCCCCCGAGUUUCGGCACCCCCCCACAAGCAGCACCCCACCAGGGCUACAACCCGUACCGACACACGCCUCUCAGCAGCAGGGCCAACCCGUACAUCACCCCCCCACAGCUGCAGCAUUGCCAGUACCCUGCACAGCCCUCGGGCCCUGCCAUGCAGAUGUACCAGGUGCCCCCCGGCUCUUUGCCACAGGUUUCUCCCUCUGUGCAGCCGGGUCUGCCCCCAUCAGUGCAGCAGCAGGCUUUCGAGAAACCUGCAGGUCCCUUAGUGCAGCCGCCGCCUUCUUUCCUGCUCCAAAACCAGUAUGAGCCUGUUCAGCCCCACUGGUUUUACUGCAAGGAGGUGGAGAGGCGGCCACUGUGGAUGCCGUUCAGCCUGCUGGAUUCUCAGAACUUGGAAGAAACCUAUAAUUCAGUCCAGCCAGACCCCGAGAACGUGGUGCUGGGCACCGACGGCGGGCGCUAUGACGUGCAUCUCUAUGAGCGGCUUCGAAGGGCUGUGUACUGGGCUGAAGAGCCCACCGAGGUGCGGCGCUGCACCUGGUUUUAUAAAGGCGAUGCAGAUAGCAGGUUCAGCCCCUACACAGAGGACUUCAGCGAGAAGCUUGAGGCCGAGUAUAAAAAAGCAGUGACCACCAAUCAGUGGCACCGAAGACUGGAAUUUCCUAGCGGAGAGACGAUCGUCAUGCACAACCCAAAGGUCAUUGUUCAGUUUCAACCUUCGGCAGUGCCUGAUGAGUGGGGGACCACACAGGAUGGGCAGAUGCGGCCCCGGGUGGUCAAGCGUGGAAUCGACGAGAACCUUGAUGAACUCCCUGAUGGGGAGCUGCCUCUGGUGGACCAUCUGGUCUUCAUGGUGCAUGGCAUUGGGCCUGUGUGUGAUCUUCGCUUCAGGAGCAUUAUUGAGUGUGUGGAUGAUUUUAGGGUGGUUUCCCUCAAAUUGCUGCAGACGCAUUUCAAGAAGUCAGUGGAUGAUCAACGAGUGAGCCGAGUGGAGUUUCUUCCGGUCCAUUGGCACAGCGCCCUGGGUGGGGACGCCACGGGUGUGGACAGGAACAUCAAGAAAAUCACUUUGCCAAGUAUUGGCCGUUUUCGUCACCUCACCAAUGAAACCUUGCUAGAUAUUUUAUUUUACAACAGUCCCACCUACUGCCAGACCAUUGUGGAAAAGGUGGGGCAAGAGAUGAACCGCCUGCAUGCACUCUUCAUGAGUCGGAACCCCGACUUCAAAGGAGGGGUGUCUGUGGCUGGGCACAGUUUAGGUUCUUUAAUACUGUUUGAUCUCCUCUCUAAUCAAAAGGAUCUGAAUUUUUCCAAGCCUCCUGGUCCGUUAGCUGUUGCUAAUGGAAUUGUGAAGCAGCCAAAUCUUCAGGAAAAGCAGGUACCUGAUGAGCCAAAGCUGAAUUUGGAUGAGUCUUGUGACCUUGAUGAUGAAAAUGAAGAAGCUGGAACCUUGCAGGAGGCUCUGGAAGCUCUUAGCCUCUCGGAAUAUGCCAACACAUUCGAGAAGGAAAAAAUAGACAUGGAAUCGCUGCUGAUGUGUACAGUUGAUGACCUAAAGGAAAUGGGGAUCCCCCUUGGACCCAGAAAGAAGAUAGCCAACUUCAUGAAACAUAAAGCCAUCAGACUGGAGCAGAAAAAGCUGAUGGCGGAAAAGAAGGCUGCAGUGGUAGCUCCAGCUCAAGGGCCAGAGGAUAUAAGCUCAAAAGCUAUGGGUGAAGCAGAGUCAGGCACCACUAGGAGGCAGCUGCCCGUCGGGGUCUCUGUUUCCACUUCGCACGUCGACUACGAGUGCUUCGAAGUUGGCACUGGACAGGUUUCUGUCUUUUAUAACUCACUGGACUUUGAGCCAGAGAAUUUCUUUGCUUUGGGAUCUCCCAUUGGUGUGUUUCUCGCUAUUCGAGGGGUGGACCAUAUUGAUGAGAACUACAGACUUCCCACGUGUAAGGGCUUCUUCAACAUCUAUCAUCCACUUGAUCCAGUGGCAUAUAGAUUAGAGCCCAUGAUUGUUCCAGAUCUGGACCUCAAAGCUGUCCUUAUUCCACAUCACAAAGGCAGAAAAAGGCUUCAUUUAGAGUUAAAGGAAAGUCUCUCACGGAUGGGCUCUGACUUGAAGCAGGGUUUCAUUAGCUCUCUGAAAAGUGCAUGGCAGACGUUGAAUGAGUUUGCACGUGCUCACACGUCCUCAGCUCAGCUGCAGGAAGAACUGGAGAAGGUUGCUCAUCAGAUCAAAGAGGAAGAGGAGAAGCAAGUAGUGGAAGUGGAAAAGAUAGUUGAAAGUCCAGAUUUCUCCAAGGACGAGGACUACGCGGGGAAGGUGGGCAUGCUUAAUGGAGGCCGCCGCAUCGACUAUGUUCUUCAGGAGAAGCCAAUAGAGAGUUUUAAUGAGUAUCUUUUUGCUCUUCAGAGUCACCUUUGUUACUGGGAAUCUGAAGACACUGCGCUGCUGCUACUCAAGGAGAUUUACCGAGCCCUGAACAUCAGCCCUGAGCAACCCCAGCACUGAGCGUGCUUCCUGCUCACGGCAUCCCAAAGCUCCAGUCUCCAGCAUGGUUCUGAGAAGAUCCUCCCGGAAGGUCCCUUGGUGAAGGACUGAGCUGGACUUCCAGCCAGUUGCUCCCAUCUGUUCCCUCUGAGGCCUUCAUUAGAUGCCAGCGCACAGAGCAACAAGACAACGAAGCGCAGUCAGUGCCACAUUGGACAGUCUAGAUGAGCAAAUAUAAUUCUGAAAAGGAUGCAGCGAGCAGUUCCUCGAAUGAGUUUAGUUCUUCAUUGAGUUGUCCAAGUCACAUGUACUAUCAGUGAACACUUGUAGCAUGCAAACGGUUUUUGCUGUUUCUGAAAAGCUCUCGUCAGUGGGCCAUUAAACUUGCAUAUCUUUUUUAUGAAUCUAGUAUGUUCUUUCAUUCAAGUAUGGACUUCAUCUAGACUGAUUUUUUUAAUACAUGCUUGUUCUAUGUUAAAUAUGAAUUGUCAUUCCGGCUACUGCAGUGCAGGGAUUUGUAUUUGUUAAGAGGAGGAGCAGAUGGGCACUUUGAGGUGGAAUGGGAUGUAAGCUUUCGGUUACCAUCAGAUGACUGCUGAGAGCAUGAGGGGCAUGUUCUCCAUUUCAUAGUACCACAGGAGAUCCUCCAAUAUGGGAGGGCGGGAAGUGAGGAACUUCGAGAUCAUUCCCUUUAUGCCCUGAAAUAGCAGUGAUGGCCCACACCGAUCCUCAACUGUGAGAACUGAAGUAGAGAUUUACUUUUUCUUUGCAUUUCUUUCACUUUGACUAAAGUGUUUGAAAGUAUGAGCCACCAUGCUUCUAGAGUAUAAAUCUGUUUCAUGGACAGACUGUUGUGUAAUGUUUCACUUGUGUUUUACUCUGACUUCAAAGAAUAUAAAUAUUUUCUUAAGAUUACAAGGGAAUUCUUUUGUUAUACAAUAGAUACAUUUUACACUGUUUACAAGUUCUCAUGGAACAGAACUUUUGGAAAAAACAAACCUACAUACACCUUUUUGGGUGCAUCUCUUCUAAUUAGUGUGAAUAAAUUAGGACCCUCAAAGCACUUUUGUAAGCAGCAAAGUUCUGCAUUUCUUGUCUUCCUUAAAAGUACUCCUGUGAUCUGUGUUGAUUUACUUGUCAAGUCCUGUGUUCUCUGGCUAGCCGGGACUGGAGUGUUGCUUCUGACACUAGUCAGAAGUGUGAGGACGGCUGUAUUGUUGAGGUAUAUUACCUGGUGGCAGCUGACAACUGCCUGUUGGGCAUAGACAGACGAGGUGGUGUGUCCUCCGAGUCCCUUUUUGUCUUUGUUUUCUACACCCAAACGUCUGCUACUUUGUUUCUCCUUUUCUUUUCUAGACUACCAGCUAAAGAAAAAUGAGAACUAUUUCUGUCUAUUUUAAUAAAAUCUAGUUUGAUCUUUUUCAA